UUUGUUUUGCUGAAUAUUAGCACAUGAGGCGAUUCAAUCGAUCCAUAUUUUUCUCCCUUCAUUUUUCCCUUUACCAACUGCCCAUCGGUUCCGCUCCCGUCGCGCCGCCCGCCGCCUACUUCGCUCUGCUUCGCUCUCGCUCUAGGGUUUGCUCCGUUGGUGCAGAAGGGGGAGGACUCGCUGGGGGUGGUCUGGUAUAUUCUGGAUCCUACACUUUGUGUCAAGCCAUGCUGCGUCUGCUGGGCGCCUCGGCCGGCCGGCUGCUCUCCGCCGAGGCCACCGCCUCCGGACAGACGGCGCGCGCCAUCGGCUCCUACGUGAUUCCCGAGCGGCUGGCGACGAUCCCCGACCAGGCGGACCCGGAGUUUUUCGAGAUGGUGGAGUACUUUUUCCACCGCGGCUGCCAGCUGGUGGAGCCGCACCUGGUCGACACCAUGCGCUCGCGGGCGCCGCGCGACGACAAGGCCAAAAAGGUGCGCGGCAUCCUGCAGAUGAUGGAGCCCUGCCACCACGUCAUCGAGAUCUGUUUCCCGCUGAAAAAGGACGACGGCAGCUUCGAGAUGAUCACCGGCUACCGGUCGCAGCACUCGCAGCACCGGGUGCCCACCAAGGGAGGUAUCCGGUACUCGAUGGACGUCUGCACGGACGAGGUCAAGGCCCUCUCCGCGCUGAUGACCUUCAAGUGCGCCUGCGUCGACGUGCCCUUCGGCGGCGCCAAGGCCGGUAUUCGUAUCGACCCGUUCAAGUAUUCGGAGCACGAGCUGGAGAAGAUCACCCGCCGAUUCACGCUGGAGCUGGCCAAGAAGGGCUUCAUCGGACCGGGUAUCGACGUUCCGGCGCCCGACAUGGGAACCGGAGAGCGGGAGAUGGCCUGGAUCGCCGACACGUACGCCAAGACCAUCGGUCAUCUGGACAUUAACGCGCACGCGUGUGUGACCGGCAAGCCGAUCAACCAGGGCGGCAUCCACGGCCGCGUCUCGGCCACAGGCCGCGGCGUGUUCCACGGUCUGGAGAACUUUAUCAUGGAGGCCAACUACAUGUCAAUGAUCGGCCACACGCCCGGCUGGGGCGGCAAGACGUUCAUCAUCCAGGGUUUCGGUAACGUGGGUCUGCACACGAUGCGCUACCUGCACCGGGCCGGCGCCACCUGUAUCGGUAUCAAGGAGGUAGACGGCUCCAUCUACAACCCGGACGGCAUGGACCCCAAGGAGCUGGAGGACUGGAAGCUGGAGCACGGCACCAUCAACAACUUCCCGGGCGCGCAGGCGUACACGGGCGAGGACCUGUUGCUGGAGAAGUGCGACAUCCUCGUGCCGGCCGCCGUCGAGAAGGCCAUCCACAGCGGAAACGCCAGCAAAGUGCAGGCCAAGAUCAUCGGCGAGGCGGCUAACGGACCCAUCACUCCGGCGGCCGACAAAAUUCUGCAGGAGAACGGCGUGCUGGUCAUCCCCGACCUGUACCUCAACGCCGGUGGUGUGACGGUGUCGUACUUCGAGUGGCUCAAGAACCUGAACCACGUCAGCUACGGCCGGCUGACGUUCAAAUAUGAGAAGGACUCGAACCACCACCUGCUCGAGUCCGUCCAGGAAUCUCUGGAGCGACGGUUCGGCAGGGUCGGAGGCAAAAUCCCCAUCACGCCCUCGUCGUCCUUCCAGAAGCGGAUCGCGGGUGCCUCGGAGAAGGACAUUGUCCACUCGGGCCUGGACUACACCAUGGAGCGCUCGGCACGGGCCAUCAUGAGCACGGCGUCCAAGUACAACCUGGGCCUGGACCUGCGCACGGCCGCCUACAUCAACUCCAUCCAGAAAAUAUUCACCACCUACGCAGAGGCCGGCUUCACCUUCACCUAAACGGGCCGCCGGCUCCUACCACAGGUGCUGAUCUGCCGCGGCGGCCGGCUCCUACCACAGGUGCUGAUCUGCCGCGGCGGCCGGCUCCUACCACAGGUGCUGAUCUGCCGCGGCGGCCGGCUCCUACCGUUGGUGCUGAUCUGUCUCGGCGGCCGGCUGCUGUCCGAGCGCCGGUGCCAGUCUGUGCGGUGUGAGUGUGGGCGCGCGUGGCCGGCGGUCGGCCGGCCGCCGGCGCCGUCAGUAUUGUUUCUGUUUCAUUGACAUGGCGUGAUGAGAUUUCCAUCUUCACCUGGCUCUGGAGGGAGGCCGUCGCACUGGGCGGUGUCGGAGAGUAACCAAUACAUGCACCGUCACAGGUUAACGGCGAGUGUCGAACAACCAACAACACCGUCAGUGUCGGAGAAUAACCAAUACAUGCACCGUGACAGGUC